GGGUGAGGAAAACGGCAAGGCAGAGCAACAGUUGGCAAAAGUGUCCAUGCGAUAUAUAAAGCAAGUGCUGUGAUACGGAUCGACCGUAAAUGCUUCUGAACCACCGGCAGAGACAGGCGUAAGAUUAAGAGACCCGACCAGGUCGUGUUUGAGUGUUAUCCCUAAAGGACAGGAUACGUCGAACGAAAGAGAGUUCUUAGCGUAGUUAAGUGCUAGUGUGCUAGUCCCAACCGGUCAAUCAGACAAUUUCGCGACGUAAUGAUCGGUCAAUGUAUAAACGAGUUCGAGUAGGAAAAAAUUCGUUAAGAUGCAAUCAUAAAAAGUUGGAAUUGUCCCUCUGUCGAUUACAAACAGGUAAUAAAAUAUAACAGUGAAACAAAGGACGGUCGAAAGCGGAAAUUGAAAAAUUUAGCGGUGCUGCAGGCGUGCGACACUGUUUUUUCUAGAAUUCCAGUGGAAGGAACGUCAUAACAAGCUUUGCUCCGAGAAAGGUUCUGAACCCCUUUCUCAAUUGAUAAGGUAUUCCAGUAUGCAAUCUAACAGUAUGCUAUCAUUAAUGACACUGAGCACCGUCACCAUCAUCCUCUGCCUAGCCUGCGUUGUCCACGGUUCUGGCAGUACCGGUUCCGACCCGUUACUGUUUAGCAGCAGCCAAAACUCCGACAUGGACGAUCAAGGCCAAAGAGAAAUGUCGCAGUCAACAUUCCAGCAUCUACUCGCUGUCCGUUCGCCCAAGUAUAACUUUGGCCUCGGGAAACGGCGAUAUAUAAUCGAGGACCUUCCUGGCGUCAAGCGUUUACCGCACUACAAUUUUGGUUUGGGAAAACGAGGGAGGAUGGACUUGUUCGAUUACGAAGAUGAUUCUGCUUUGCCAAGUUGGAGUGAUGAAUAUUCGGCAUUAAUAUCCAAGGAUAUUCCUGAUUACGAACUUGACAAGGACAAAUCCGAUGAAAAGCGUGCAUCAGGUGCUUACCGAUACCAUUUCGGACUGGGCAAGAGGCGAACUUACGACUUUGGAUUGGGUAAGCGUUCGUCCCAAGCCGGAGAAGAGAAACGAUUACCGAAUCGGUAUAACUUUGGACUCGGCCGUCGUUAAUCAACCGUCGCACAGUGUAAUUAGUCAUCUUUAACGGAAUCCACUGGACCUGAAAAAUUGACCCUGGCCAAGCUCUUCAAAAUUCUACAUUCUGAGAUGUCGAGCAUCAGCGAAACGAAUGACUGUGUGCAAAGAAAUGAACCAAAAAUACUACAUUACCCAGCGACAGGCCGACACCUAAAAAAAACAUGCCAGUAUAUGCUCCCAAAAACAAUAAACUAUUGAUGAAUAUUAUUAUUUCGUAUUCUAUGAUUUAUUUUAGAGAAUAAUACACAGUGUAUCAAGAUUAUGAACCACUAACCUGUUACUAGUCAUGAGCAAACUGUAUUUCGGAGACGUGUGCUAAUGUGCCAAAUAUUAUACUAUACAAAUCAUUAUACUAGCAUAAGAAAUACAGCUUAAAUCUUGAACAAUAAUAUCAUUAUCUGUAUUUUCUGUACAUUUUCCUACAAUUUCACUAACUGUAUAUGAAACCUUGUGCUGAAACCUAAUAAAGCACGAUAAUGUGUUUGAAUAAAAACUUGUACAACCUACCCAAAUGAUGUAAAUAGAAGCAGUCUAGCGGUGGAACAGCAUCGUAACGAUCACAUGAAACACUUCCUCGAUCCACAGUCAGCAAGAUUAGAAAAUACGCAACGAAUUUAUUGGAUGGAAAGAAUCUCUUCUCAAGUCAUCAGACUGUCACCGAGUCCUUCGUAACGCAUUACUGUAGCUUAAUUGAUGCUUUUCGUCAGAAACGGAUACCGUUUCCGAGGAGCACACACACCAUCUAGUAGAGAAAUGCAAAACAAAACUUCUGGAGAGUACGGAAUGAUUUGCCAAUACUAUCAAUGUGAACUGGUUUUACGGACAUACUUUCAAAUUGUUGACAUCCCAUGUGACAUAAACGAAAAGCUUAAUUUAAAUUGCUGUAUCCACACAACUAAGCAUGCAUUAUAUUGAAUUAAUAUAAAACAUGUUGUAAAGAUGCUAAGGAAUGAAAAUAAAGUUGAGCUAAAUCCAAGAAAGUAAAAAAUCACGA